UUGUGUUCCCGGAACUGAAGUAUAUGUGUAGAUAAAAGUACUGUGUAGCAGAAAGAUAAUACACGAUUAUUGAUAUAAAUACACAAAUAGGAAUAAUAUUUACCUUUAAUGACUCAUUAGCACUAUUAUUAUGUGCAAUGUGUGAUCAUUUUUUUUUUUUAAUACAGAUAUUCAGUAAACCCAUUGAAAGCUAUCAGAUUUAGUUGAUUAAAUCCAAACGAUUUUCAAUUGUUGUAAAAAUGAGCAUACAUCACAUACCAGGAGAAAAAACACUAUCGGCAUGGAAAAUACAAAGAUUGGUCUACGUGACGUCCUGUGCAUUCGUUACACGAGCAAAGAAUGGUCUUAUAAACCAAAAUUUGUAUACAUGGGAUUAAACAAGCACAUACAUCCAUGGCGUACAAACUAAACCAUUUCACUAUAUAAUUCACGUGGACUGUUUUAGUUUCUGAAGUUCAGACAGAUAGCGGAUAAUGAAAAUAGUCAUAAUGUGUGCGUUGCAUACUUAUGGAUACUAAUCAUUGAUAACAUAUUAGGCACAGUUCAGCGUUUAACAAUAUACAAAUGUACACGAACUGAUUAGUGACAUAUUAACGUGUCGUUUAGUUGGAAUUCAGGUGUUAUAUCAUUAAAUUAUUAAUGAUGAAAACGAUGUUAGCAUAUACAUAGUAUCCUCAUGAUAAUUCGAAAGGAAACAUGCUAAGUUCAAACAAUACUCAACCAGUGGCUGCGGAGGUUGAUGCUAAUACAGAACAUAUCCAUGUUGAUACACCAAUGAGAGAGUCAGGAGAAAAUAAUGAGAAUGCAGAGCGCCGAACAAUGGCUGCAAAUGGAGUUGAAGUUAAUGCUGAAGGAUACCAAGAAUUUAACACAGACUUACGUGUGAACAAAUUUAACAAGCAGUUAAAGAAAGGCCAAAAGAUAAUUAAAAUAGAAGAAGGUCUUAGGACCACGCUGAGGGAGAUACCACAGGAUGUUUUGGUCGACAUCGAACUACUUGCUGAUGGUCAUGAGUCCGCGAAGGUACCGGAUUUUCUACAACGGUUGGUCUCCGAAAAAAAGUUUCUACAUCUUCAGCUUCUUUUGGAAAAUGUUGGGCUUUCAGACGUGGCCGAUCAGGUCUCCACCCUGGCUGAGAUCUGCGAUCAAAUCCAUCUUCGCCCAAUAACAACACCCACAGACAGUUCAACAAAUCGACAGACGCUUGUCUUGGUUGUGACCCAGGCCUGCGAGGCUGGCAAGCAUGUGGACCGAGUUCGGGAGUGGCUGUCGGGAUACACCAUAGUGGAGGCGAACAUAUGGGAUUGUGAAUGUUGCGUGGAGAAAACCAAACAAUUGCAAGCAUGCAACAUGUGUAUAGAGCACAUUGAAGCCAAAAACGCCUACAUGAGGACAAACUAUGGAGGCGUGAUUGUGGAAGAAUGCCUAGCCCGAGCUGCAGAUUUCAACAUCAAGAAAUGCCAGUCAAAUUGCAUCAAAUGUCGUAAAAUGGAUUUCGAACUGACCAGCAAGCGCCUUGCCGUGCGAAACAUCCUCAAUGAAUACAACGCCCUUCACAAGAGGGCGGUUCUGCGUGGCCUGUCGGAGGAAUCAAGCGAAUGCACGCCAAUCCGAGACUGCAAGAAAGAGAUGCAAAUCUCAGAACACAUAGACAACUAUUGGAGGACCAGAAUGCAGAGGAUAUUCAGACUUUAAAUGACAUGUUGAGAGACUGAUGAUUUACACACAUUUCAAGCAUUUUCUCAAAGAUGAUACAUAUAUUAUUAUCUCAAAUUUGGGUCCGGUAAGAGGACCCAUUCCCAAUGGAAAAAAAGUAUAUAUUUUUCCCAAAUGGGAUCUAAAAAUUUCCAAUCGAAGGUUUCCAAAAAUAUAAUAUUAUUUCAAGUAUAUAAACAUGUAAAUUAUCUCAAAGUCAAGCUAUAGAAGUUGAACCUUAAAAUAUAUCAUAUUGAAAUCACUAUUAUUAUCAAUUUCAAAGUAUUUGUAAGCAUAAAAGCAACAACAUUAAUUUCCCAAAUUACUCAAAAGAACACAAUAUUUCCCAAUUUAAAGGGACCCGGCCCCAUUCCCAAUAUGGUGAAAAAAACACUUACAGUUUAUUAUCAAAACCGUGCUGUACGAAGAAUUCAUCAGUUGGAAAGGUUAACUGAUCUGUUUGUAACGCUAACUUAUAAUUAUGCUGUGUUUUUUGAAAUUGUAAAAUUAUACAAUAUAAUACACUACGUGGAUUGUUAAUGCAAAUACAAUUGUUGCAUUAAUGACGGUGGUAAUGAGGACUUAAAUAUCGCGUUAUUAUGGACUAAAACUUGACAGCUUAUCAAUGUGCACGCGGUAAACUAUUGUAAUAUGUCUUUAGCAGCAUUAAAGCAUGUCUGACACAAAUCAAAACUAAAUACAAAUAAAAACUUGUAUCAAUAAAAUCAACGAAUUCUGUGAAAACGACCUGCCAAUGACCCGUGCGAGGGAAACCAUACGCAUCGACCGCGCACACAGAAUCGGUAACUACCACUCGGGCUCUGAACGUCCAAUUGUUGUACGAAUGAAAUGCUAACAGAAUAAAUUUACUGUUGAACUGAAAGUGAUGGACCCUUCAUACGGUCAAGGUCCCGUACCGGAGAUGCCGCCCCGUCUUCCCAGACACCCACAGGAAUACAGGAGACGCCAACAACUUGACAAACAACCGACGGCACCUGAAAACCCAUCAUUCAUGUCUCAGAGAACAUAUGACAUUAACAAGAAGCACAUCAAAUGUGUUCUUUGGAAUGUUCAGGGUAGUGUAAAUAAACUGUGUAAUAAUAAAUGUAAUUAAAUUAAUGUCUGUGAUACUGAGUUGUUGAGAACUUAGCUUAACAAAACUGACUGUUUCGAUAAUGUUCUUCAGUCUUUUUUGUGAUCAAUCACAUUAACAUUCAUGUAAUGAUAAAAUGUCUGAUCUUAUUUUUGGUGCGUAUUAUUCUGUGUAUGGCAAAUCCUAUAUGUUGAUUAUAUUUCACAUACUUUGACAAAAUAUAAAUGGUUUAUUACUGAUUGUAAACUAGAUUAAUCUAAUUUUUAUUAAUACCAAAGAUAUAAUUAUCCAAUACUGGUAGUAACUCGCGUUCGUUCUCGAGGAUUAUGAAAAUUAUAUCCAAAAUAAUGCUAAUAAAACAUAACAUUAAUGUAGAUGAAUUUGUGAAUUUUGUUUUAACGGUCAGCAGUGACAUUGUGACAGUUGUUUCCUGAUGAUAAUUUUCAGUCAGAACUAAGCCUAAGGGGUAUUAUAUUGAGAUUCUUAUAUUGUAAGGGGUAUUAUAUUGUCUAGAUUGUCUUUGUCUAUUGAAGAAGUAAUUAAAGUGGUUUCUUCUAUGUCAAUACCAUAAAACAGUAAUCUUUCAGGACAUGUUUUCCUUUUUUUUUUCAUUGACUGCAAGGAUUUUAGUGCACCCCGUCUUACACUUUAUAAUUAAAAAUGUUUUAGCUAAUAAUAUAAAACUCUGUUGCGCAUGUAUAGAUUACGUAAAUCAGUCUACGCGCUCAGUAAUGGCCCAUUGUUGAUGGAACUUGUCCUGUCGGGUGUAAGUUGUAAGAUGCUGCAUAUACGUAAGUCUAUCAAAAUGUCAAAUCCCGUGUAAAAGAUACUGAAAACAAAUAUUCUCACAAUUCUUUGAUAUUUCAAUAUGGGUUAAGCCUCAUUAUUCUCUCUUAUUGUUUCUUUUUAUUAAUGAUAUAAGUGAUAGUUUAGAUUUUAAGAACCUUACGUGUCAAGAUAUAGACCGACUUUCAUUACACGUGUUAUUGUUUGCGAAUGAUAUAGCGCUGUUUACAACAGAUCAUGUCAGCUUACAAGUCCAGUAGAAUUGUAUAAGCACUUACUCUCGAAAAUGGCAUCUACAAAUACAUGUUAAAAAGAACGAAGUCUCUUUAUAAAUAGUAAAACUACAAAUAUUUAAAUAUGGUUCUUUUACAAUAUAAACAUUCCAAUUGUUGAUAAAUGCAUUUACCUUGGUAUCAAAUUCUAUUAUAAUGGUUCGGUAAAUUCUGUUGAAAAAAUAAUUAAUGUACAAAAUUCACUAAUGUGAUCUAAGUAUGAAAAAAAUAUCGCAUAUAAUAUAUUUUAUAACACAAUUGUAAAAAGUAUGCUGGGCAAAAGCUCAUUGGCAAUAUAGGUUUCAGUUAUAUCUGGAAUCAAAACGUUAAUAUAACAGACAAUUAUCCAAAACUGAAACAACAACUUCGAGAUUAAUAAGUCCAAUCAUGGUCGGAUAUUAUACAUUUGCCAAGUAAAUUAGAUUAUUAUAAUAAAAGCCCAUAAACCCUCAAAAUCAACGAAUAUUUCAUACAAUAUUUCGAAAAAUAACGCUAACAAAUAAAAAAGCAAUGUUCCUUAAAGCAAAAGCCAAAAUUGCUACGAUAGAUGUGGUCUGGUAACAUAGAUUUAUCAUAAAACCAAAUUCACUUUCUUGUUUUUUUUGGCGGAACAAUAUAUUCAACAUAUGUUCAUGUACCAUGUUAGUUUUUGUGUGUUGUAUCAAUAGAUAUAGUUGCGGGAAAAUAUUCUAUGAUCACUUAAUUCAUACACAUUACACACAAUGGCAAAGCAAUUUUGUAGUGGGCAUCGAACAUCAUUUAAUUUUGAUUUGUGUUGUUUUGCUUUUUUACUUCUUGUAUUAUAAUUGUGCACUUGUCUUAUGUUUAAGGAAUGGCUUCAGGUCUACCUUUGCUUUGCAAUAAAUAAUAUAAAUGUAGCUUUUACAAUGUUUUUGCAAUAAAUAAUAUUAAUGUA